UCAGCUUUGUUCUGACUGUAUGGGUGGGAAGCGCUGUAGGAGGCUCAGAAGAUCUAUUCAAAUACGCGCCUGGCUCAUAAUAGAUGUUAUAUGGGAACUAUGAAUGAAACUGGUGAAGGGUUACUGUAAAGUUUGCUUUAACUAGGAUAUUAUCGAAAUCUCUAUAUAUGUAUAUACCAUCUGAAUCAUAGUUCAUCAGUAGUAUGAACGUCAAAACAAAACACGAUUACGCAUUGGUUCACAAUGGCCAAACGCUAAAGGAUGGGUGUCAUCAAGACAGGAUGAAACGUGCAGAUUGAAGAGUACUACCCUCACAUAAAAGCCUAUCGAUGGGGGAGGGACAUAGACAAGUGUGGGCAUCUUCCAGACGAUACAGACAAGGAUUUCGCAAGGAGUUACUCUUCCACCAAUACGGAAGUAUCCAGGCAUUCACCGCAUAUUUCGAGAAAAUACAUUUAAAACAAGAAGUGCAUCAACAAGUCUGAACUGUGGAGCCUUAGCUCAGGUACUGCCAAGUAUAGCUCGUGUGACAUAUGUCAGCCAAGAUGGAGAAGAUGGUGGAGGAUAAGGUGGAUAAGAAGAAGCAGCCGGUGACGGGCUAUCUGCUGUUCUGUGUGUCCACUGCAGUCAUUGGAUCUCUGCAGUUUGGCUACAACACUGGAGUCAUCAAUGCACCUGCCGAGAAACUGCAGACCUUCUUCCGGAACGUAUCAAUGGAGCGAAAUGGAGAGCCCAUGGAGGAAGGCACCGUCAUCAUCGUGUGGAGCUUUGCAGUGGCUAUCUUCAGUGUUGGAGGCAUGAUCGGGUCACUCUCUGUGGGAGUGAUGGUCAACAAGUUUGGAAGGCGUAAGUCCAUGUUUCUAGCCAACAUCCUGGCGUUGAUUGGUGGCGCCCUGAUGGGGUUUUCCAGCUUGUGCUGGUCGUAUGAGAUGGUGAUCAUUGGGCGUCUGGUUAUCGGGCUGUUUUGUGGUCUGUGUACUGGUCUGAGCCCCAUGUAUAUAGGAGAGCUGGCUCCCACCGCCCUGCGUGGAGCCUUUGGCACGCUGCACCAGCUGGGUGUGGUCAUUGGCAUCCUGGUGGCUCAGGUCUUUGGUCUGGAGGCUCUGCUGGGCUCGGACUACCUGUGGCCGCUGCUGCUGGCGCUGACUGCUCUGCCCGCGGCCCUGCAGUGCAUCAUGCUGCCCCUGUGUCCAGAGAGCCCCCGGCACCUCCUCAUCAACCUCAACCAGGAGGAGGAGGCACGCAAGGCAUUGGUGCGUCUGCGUGGUUCUGAGGACGUCAGUGAGGACAUUAAUGAGAUGAAGGAGGAGGGCAGGAAGAUGGCCAUGGAGAAGAAAGUCACCAUUCCUGAGCUGUUUCGCAGUCCUGCUUACCGGCAGCCCAUCAUCAUUGCCAUUGUGCUCCAGCUCUCUCAGCAGCUGUCUGGAAUCAAUGCUGUGUUUUACUACUCUACAGGCAUAUUUAAAAAGGCUGGAGUGACCCAACCCAUCUAUGCUACAAUAGGAGCUGGAGUCGUCAACACAAUUUUCACUGUGGUAUCUCUCUUCUUGGUGGACAGGGCAGGACGUAGGACACUCCACCUCAUUGGAUUAUCUGGAAUGGCUAUUAGCGCUCUUUUCAUGACCAUCUCUCUUGCACUGAUUGACGAGGAAAAUUUCUCAUUUCUCAGUUACCUGGCUAUUGCGGCAGUCUUGGGUUUCGUUGCGAGCUUUGAGAUGGGGCCGGGUCCUAUCCCAUGGUUUAUUGUGGCGGAGCUCUUUGAACAGGGUCCCCGCCCUGCGGCUAUUGCCGUGGCCGGAUGCUCCAACUGGACCGCCAACUUCCUGGUUGGACUGGCCUUUCUAAAACUGGAGGCACUGUGCGGGCCCUAUGUGUUCAUCAUCUUUGUCAUCUUCCUCAUCUUCUUCAUCAUAUUCACCUACUUCAAAGUGCCUGAGACCAAAGGGCGAACCUUUGAGGACAUCGCUCGUGGCUUUGCCAGCGCUGCCGCCAGUCAGCCUUCUCAUCCUCAGGGGGAUGAGGUCACGCUUCCCGUCUCCCCAACCAGAGAGAAGGUUCCCAUGGUGGAAUUCCCCCCUGUUGAGAAGGGCCAAAAUGGCCACCCAAGUGUCUAGGAGAGCAAGGAAGUCUCAUGCCACAGAACAACUAACUGCUUCGCACAGACAAACAUGGCAGACCAGUAGGGAUGCAACGGUACACAGUAUUAUGUUGAACAGUUUGGUACGCCCCCUACAGUUCAGUACGCACACGUGAACCGCGGUAUUACAAUAUGUCAUUUUUCUUUUAAUUUCCAAAACUUGCUUAUUGCACUGCAGACUGGAGCCCAUCAGAAUUUCCCUGGAGCCUAUUAGCGCUUUGUAUGCAAAUAGGAGCUGGAGAAGGAACUGUAGGGGAAACUGAAAACAAUAUUAAAUCAGCUCUAACUUGUCAAUGGUGAAACGCUAGCUAGACAGAGAGAAGCAAAUUUGGAGAGACACCUUCAUCUUUCAAAUCCACUGUGUGGGAACACUUUGGAUUCAGCGUUCAAAACAAUGAUGAGGGUAAGAACACAAAAUACAGUCUGCAAGCAUUGCUUUGCCACUGUUGGCUACUCGAGUGGAAACACAUC